UUUUAAACUCUGCACGGCUUUUUUCUCCUCCUCUUGGGGGGGACCCAGAGGGAGCGGCGCCCCCUCCCCCUCCCGGCGAGCCCCCGCGUGCGCCCGCUCGCCCGCCGCCCGAGACGCAGACUUCACAAUGUAGCCCCGAUUCCAGACUGUCAUUCACAGAAAAUGGAAAAGGAACAGGGGACAGAAGGAAGGUGCAGAAGCCAGCCAGAAUUCAGAGUAAGGAGGGAUCAUCACCUCCACUUGGUGGCCUGAAGCCUCCAUGACACCGAGUGAGGAAGGACACACAGACAUCCAGAGGAGAAGCCAAAGAUGUUGACCAGGAAGAUUAAACUCUGGGACAUAAAUGCCCACAUCACCUGCCGCCUGUGCAGCGGCUACCUCAUUGACGCAACCACAGUGACUGAGUGUUUGCACACGUUCUGCAGGAGCUGUCUGGUGAAGUACCUGGAGGAGAAUAACACCUGCCCCACCUGCAGGAUCGUGAUCCAUCAGAGCCACCCACUGCAGUACAUCGGUCAUGACAGAACCAUGCAGGACAUUGUUUACAAGCUGGUGCCAGGCCUCCAGGAAGCGGAAAUGAGGAAACAGAGGGAAUUCUAUCACAAACUGGGCAUGGAGGUACCAGGUGACAUCAAGGGGGAGGCGUGCUCAGCAAAGCAGCACUUAGAUCCCCGAAAUGGUGAAACCAAAGCAGACGACAAUUCAAAUAAAGAGACAGCAGAAGAGAAGCAGGAGGAGGACAACGAUUACCACAGGAGUGAUGAGCAGGUGAGCAUCUGUCUGGAAUGCAACAGCAGCAAACUGCGUGGCCUCAAGCGGAAGUGGAUCAGAUGCUCAGCCCAAGCAACUGUGCUGCACCUGAAAAAAUUUAUUGCCAAGAAGCUUAACCUCUCCUCCUUCAAUGAGCUGGACAUUUUAUGCAACGAGGAGAUCCUGGGCAAGGACCACACUCUCAAGUUUGUGGUUGUUACUAGGUGGAGAUUCAAGAAGGCACCCCUCCUGCUACACUACAGACCCAAGAUGGACUUGCUGUAAGCCCAGCCAGACUCAGCCCACAUCCAGCACUCUCCAUGGCAAAUGUGCUGUGGAAUGUUGCCUCGGGUGCCAUGUGGACCAGGUUUCUGAAUAGAGAAUAUUUAUAACUUUUGUAUGAGAGAAUCCACUCCCAACAAGACACUACCAGCACGCGUUUACAGAGGAUGCAAACACUUCGCAGUGCGCUCGACUCUGCUUCCGGUCCACAGGCCAGAGAAGAGAACCAUCAGCACGUUCCCACCCACGUCUGACUCACAGCCCCGCUGCUUGCUUUCCAGGUCUUGAGAAUCUUGAGUCCAUUUCAGUUUUGUUCAUGGAUUAGGUUUCAUGAUAGCCUCAAAAAUACUCGUACUGUUAUUAAGUCCUUUGUAAGUUAUUGAAAGUCUUUUCAUGGUAAAUAUUUAUGUUGCCUUUAGCUUCCUGAAGACUUAAGAGAUAUAUAAAAUUUUAAUUUAAAGUAUACCCAAAGAGGCUUGCAGCAAUGCUAUGAUUUAGCCAUGGUGUUUAAUUUCCCACCUUCUAGUGUACAACAGAAGCCCACUCCCAAGAUUGAGUCUUGUACUGUGCAUCUUGGGAUGGUCUGUGUUGGCUGGGCAAGGCAAGAACCCUUCCAUCAUUCCCCAGUGUCAUGUGACUGUAAUCCGGCACCCCGAGUAAGGCAAACUAGAGGUUGUGGCCAGUGCAGCACAGCGCUGGCUUGUUGAAAAGUUCUGGGAAAGACAGUUUUCCUUGGAAAGCUGAAGCUCCCACCUUUUCCAUUCUGUUUUCCUUCUGCUGGAAAAAUGCACAGUGGUGGCUGUGUUUGUCACUUAUCAACCAUCACAAGCCAUCCGGUAGGGACUUUGUAAAGACACUUAGGAGGUAGCCUCUAGCCUCCAUGUUCCUGGGAGUUGGUGUUUCCAGGCUUGCUUCCUGAUCAUGGGGUUAACAUGCGUUCUUCGGGUCUUUUUCAUGAAAGGUAAACUGAGCAAACUGCUCACUUGAGGAAACAACUCGCUUCAGCAGAAGUUGCUUUUCAGUCAGAGAGAGGAUAUUAUUUGUUAACACACACACCUUUCUCACAUACAAUUUAUUGUUUUGUUAGGUUAGAGAGUGGAUAAGAUACUAGCGUAUCCAACUUUAUUCCAUCUUCAGGGAUAUGAAGGCAAGAGGAAGGAGAAUGGGUCCUGUCCCGCAGUCCCAGGGACCUCUCAGUCUGGGUGCCCUCUUACUUUUCCCACCUCCCGCCCUUCCAGGCCCAGUGGGAACUGUAGGGCCCUCUAACCCCAGCAGUACCUCUGCUCUUGGUGUGAGGAUGUGAGGAUCUUCAUGGAUCCCUGAGGGUCAGGCUUUCUGAGUCCUUCACCUUAGCAACUGGAAUCUUUUUCUUGGAUUUGCUUUGACAGUUGGGAUUGGGUUUAUCAACACCCACUUUUUUUUCUACUUCCUCUUUCACAUACACAGAGCCAGAAGCAGCGAUUAGUGAGAUUUAAUGUUGGUAAGUAAGGAACAACAUCUAUUUUAACUCAGUCUUUAAUGUCUGACCUUCUAAAAUAAAAGCAAGCUCUUUGUUUCAAAUUAAUGAAAAUUCACUUCUCUAUGUAAGCCAGUUUGGAUUAUUCAGUUUCCUGAGUUUGCUAUUCAUUCAAAUCAUUUAUAGAGUUACUAUACAAGGGUUUUAUGCGUAAAUAUUACCUUUCUACCUCAGAACACAAGUGCUGCUGAAGCGCAAGACCGUGUUCUCACAAUGCAGUUACAUUAGAAUUUAGGUAUUUUCCCAUGUGGUGACAUUAAAGUUAGAAGCCUCCAAAUUCACGUAAAGUUAAUUUACAGUUCAGAUCAAACUUAGUAUGGCUGUAUAAUCUCAUGAUAUAUAUUUGUAACUUUGUAGCUACUUUUAGAAUCACUUGACUUUGCUAUGGUGCUAAGUUGAUAGAUCUAAGUAUUCAGCAAGGUGGACAUUGCAACUGAUGUCCUAGCUGGGCGCCACCGCCCCAACAGCCCUGCUUCUGUCACCACGGUAACCUGUUAAACCUCAGCAGCAAAAUACCUAUUUUUCUAAGAUUCCAUCAUCCGCCUGUCUGCACUGCAGACUGUUUUCUGAUGCCCUUCUGCCCUUUGGUCUGACCUGUAGCCUUACCUCGCUCAGAGAUGAAGCAGAGUGAGCUUGCGUCAGAUGGAAGCUUCUGGGCGCCUUGUUUUGCUCCUGCCAAGCUCGACGUGACAUCCAAGGCCGAAUUUUAUUUUUCCAGCAUGAACAGUAGGAUCAGUUAGCGAUUGGUCCUGUCACGCUUUCUCAGCAGGCGGAGCUCCUGCGAAGUUGUUUUCAUAGCUGCCGAUGCUAGAAAUCGGUGCGUCCGGCCGGCAGCUCUGGGACCAGCCUCCCAGCACGUGGUCUCGCUCAAUGUCAUUUUCACAAAAAUAGAAAACUCAGAUAGAAUAUAUAAUAUUGAAUUUAAGAUUUGGGGGGUUAAAAAAGAAAGCUUAACUUUAUAAAAUUAUUUAUUCUAUUUUAAGCCUUCUAUCAUAUUUUCCCAUCCAAUUGUUUGGUUUCCGUGGUCCAGCUUUAUUUACAGGCAUAUAAGAUAAAAUUGUGAGAUGUUUUGCAAGCUUCUUUUACUCUUUGUAGUCUUUGGUUUGUAUGUUUUUAUAGGGAUGAAGAGCAUUUUUAUGCUUUUGUGCAAUAGGUUCCAACAUGCGUUUAUUAGUGCUUAAAUUGUGAUCUAGCAUCUACUAAAUUGAAAGGGAAUAUAGGUGGAAUUUCAAAAUCUGUGCAUUCAGCUAUUUGGUUUUGCCUUUUUCACUGUUAUAAGAAUUCUGUUACCGGGAUUAUGUGCGUGCGUGCGUGCGUGCGUGUGUGUGUGUUUGUAUGUGUGUGUGUGUAUGUGUGUGUGUGUGUACUUUCUAUCAAUAUUAAAAGAUAAGCAGCCAGGCAGGAGGUGAUGAGGUUAGCACCAUCUUAGGCCUGCAUUCUAUGUGGGUGCACCCAAGUCCUUGAGCUAAGUCUGUGACUGAGCCACCCUGGGGGCUGGGGUUUCACUGUCUCCACCUGGUAGUGCUGCCCUCCACUGGCCUAUGGCUCCUGAUGCCUGCCAUGGCCAUCAGAGUCUUUGGCGGUUGGUGUGUUUUGUUUCUAAGGGCGUACAGGGUGGUGUAUCACAGUGCUCUGAAAUGUAUCAUUAGAUUAAAUGUUCCAGGAAUGAGCCAACUGAGUUCUACUUUGUAUAUGGAUAUUAAAUAUGUUCCUAAAACAUUGAAAAUAACUUGAGUGCAGAUAGUGAAAUCCCCUUACACACACACACACACACACACACACACACACACACACACACGUGUCUGUUUCCUCAGGAAAUCAUUUAAGCCCCAACACAUCACAUGUGACCUUAACAUGAAAACAAAAGUUUUCUCUGCCUUGAUAUUAAAUACACCAAGUAAAUAACCUGAGAUGUGUAGAUUAGGAAGUCACUUAUUGCACCACAGUCUGCACACCCUGCACUCCUACAGGCAGGGAUUAGACCUUUCAGGCUCCCGUCAGGGGUAGCUGUGUGGGCUGUGGUCUCACACUCAGUGUUCCUCUUGUCAUUUACUCCCAUCCAAGAGCACAUUUGGAGAAAGAAGUGAAGUCUGCCUGUGCGGUGUGUAUGUCACUUCAGCAGUGACUCAGUGACUCACACUCACCAUUGACUUCCAGCUCUCAACUUGUGCCAGACACAGUUUUCCCAAGUGAAAGUAGCAUCAGGUUACGGAUAGCAGCACCACCUGAGUACUCUCGUUGGAGUACAGCCACACUAGCAACUGUCACAGUGUACGAAAUGGUGCAGAUACAGAGGUUUUGACUGUUUAAUUUGAAAGUUUACAUUUUUUAUGAUUGCGUUAGUGUGUAAUUUUUGUACCAUCAGUGGCUAGCUUUUGUCUAACAUCUCUUUUGGAAUAUUGCUUAAUGUUUUGAUUUUAUGAUAGUGGAGCUUGUAUUCGGUGUUUUGCCAAUUAAUAUUAUAUGCUUGUAAUAAAAGCAGAAGAAAAACUUAACUAAAA